UCUGAAAAAGGACCUGCAAGUCUUGAUAAAAAGAACAUGGAGUUUACAUGAUGAUAUAAGUGACAGAAUACACGAUCAUCAUGAAAACAUCACAACUUGCAGGUUUUGUUUGGACAACGGUCGGCAUUGUCAAUUGAAAGAUAAAGAAAGCUUGAUUUCCAUUAGAGAUUCAUUGAACCAUUUUCAGAACAUGCUCAUCUCUUUACAGAGACAGAGUUUAUCACACCAAAUUGAUCGGGCGGUUUCCAUAACAAGGAUUGAUGAAAGAAGAAAGAUGUUAAUGGAGGAAGUAAGGAAACUUGAAGGGAGGAAGAAUCUGAUUGUUGUUGAUGAAUUGAAUUGUUAUUUUGGGGAAGAAUUAUGGAUCAAGAACUUGAUCAAAGGAUCUGAUGAUGAUGAUGAUGAUGAUGUUAUAAAGAAAAGGAAUCCUUGUUUCUUUGUUAUGAGAUGUAUUAGGAGUUUGGUUAGUCGAUUUCAAUGGAGGAAUGGAGCUAGAGAUGCUCUGAAAUUCAUGGUGGUUUCUUCUUUGAUGGGUUUUAUCCAAACAUGGUGGAAUUCUUCUAACAGUUUAAUGAUGGCUAAGAAUAAGAGGAGAUGGUUGACUGAUUCAAGAAGAUCUUUUGAUGUUUUCAAUGGAAAGGGAUGAAUAUCUUAUUACCAAUCUUCUUAAAUUAUAUUUCUUAUUGGAAAUACU